UUCUCAUCCCUCUUCUACACAAUGUUGAAAAUUUGAUUUGCUGGCAGGAGUAAGAUUGGUUUUUAAACUAAAAAUAGUUAUUUCUAAAGUAUUCUUGACGUUACAAUGGCCAACGUUGUAAAUCUGUUAGAUAUAAAUGUAGAUAAGCUGUUUGAACAGCAUAGUAUCAUUGAAAUUGAUCAAAUUCAUAAGAAGCUUCAGGCGGAAGUUGAGCUGAAAAGGGAGGAGCUCCGAACGAUGGUAGGGGAACGGUACCGAGAUUUGUUGAAAGCGGCCGACACUAUAGGAGAAAUGAGAACGACGGCGAGUUCCAUAAUUGAGAAUGUUGACAACAUUACUUCCGCCUGCAGGAAGCUCAAUGAUCAUCAACUGAUCGGUUUCCGAUCCGUCAGUGAUCACCCAAGAACGCAUAACAAAAACGCCAAUAGUAAGUUCCAUGGCGUCAUUGUUCAAAUCAAGCUACUGACUAGCUUACCAGAAAUGAUAUGGAGUGCUAUCGAUAAAGAAGAUUAUUUUGUGGCCACGCAACUAUUCAUUUUCUCAAGACACAUAUCAACCGGGUUGCAGUUAGAUUCUAACAACGAAACUAUGGCCAAAUUCCCAGUAGCCAAGAAACAGUGGGCAGUUUUAAGCCAAUUCUUUUUCACCAUCAAGCAAAAAUGUGCCUCUUGUCUGGAGCGGGAGGAUUUAACAGCUGAAGUGGCCACCAAAUGCUUGGCCAGCUUGGUGUUGAUGGAGAAUUGCCAACUGGACUACAUUUUGUCAUUCUUCGUACAAAUGCGGCUUAAGGCGUAUUCUGGAGUGUUAUCGGAAGGCUCGCAAUACGAAAAGGUUAAAGACAAGAUCUUGGCAAGCUUGAAAUUGUUGAUGAAUACUGUGAGCUUGAUGUAUGAAUGUUUCAUCGGUUGUAAUCAGGAACAAAGUCUUCUAAUUAAGGAGCUAAUGCUAGUUGCAGACGAAAGUGCACUACCGACUAUUCGUUUGAUUAACUCUGAGGAUCCAAAAAUUAUCCAGACAUUGCCGGACAUUAUAUCAAAAUUUAGGCCACGAAUUGCUUUGGAGCCUUUACAUGGGGAAUUGGUUCUUAAAAAUUCCCAGCUUUGGUUGCAAAACGUGGAGAAAAUCGCAACUGGUCAGUUAGGCAACUUGAUGAACCUUGUAACUGCUGUUAAAGUGCUAAAUGACAUUAAAACACUGUCACUAGAAGCCGCGUGUAAGCCUAAAAACUGGUCAGAUGUUUGCAUAAAGCUAUCGUUCUCGGAGUCAUUGGAUUUUUAUGCCCUGUUCUAUAAGCCAUUAAUCAACUCUCGUAUCAAAACUAUUAUAAAGAAGUGCUGGUUAGAAAUAAUAUCAUUAAACAGUAAAGAAAUCAUGAAUCUGGUUUCUUCUAUUCCAACUGAUAAAUCCUUGAAGGAUGUUAAAACUUUUGUUUGGACUGAAUCUUCGGAAGAUGUUCCAUUGAAUCUAAAAGCUGCGUUAGAUCGAACACAGCUUGCUUCGCAUUACCUUUUGAUGAAGUCAAAAGCCUUUCCUCCGGUUUUGGUUCAACUUGCAUCUUCGUUUGAUGAACAUAUUCAGCAUCUGACUGCUGAUGUGGGCUUGUUCCUGGAAUCAUCUUCUGCAAAUGAAGCAAGCCAGCUCAUUGAGUUCUACAGUGACUGUAGUGUAGAGAACAUCAACGAACUUGUAACAGCCAUCAGAAGCAACGACUCCAACCCAUCAUCAGAUAAACUUAUAUUCCUCGCUCGACUGCUUAUAGCGUACCAGGAAUUAUGUCCAUCUCUCAAGCGAUGCUUGACUCCAUCGUUAAUGGUACAAUCAGAAACCGCAGUUCCUUGGCAAAGUGAAAGCAAGUUGAACGAUGGGGAUCGUUGGAAAAACGUCUCUGGUUUAUUAGAAGAAGAAAGCCUUAGAUUCUGGAAACUGUGGUUGGAACAUUUUGUCGCAAAAUGGCCUCAACUGGAGAAACGGAUCGAUUAUCAAACAUUACUCACUGAAUUUCCGCUUUGGGAUACUGUUACUAUUGAAGAAAACGACGAGCAAAAUAAACCUGUGCAAUCGACUAUACAUGUACCCGCUUUACCAAGUUUUCCGCUUCAAAAGUUGUUACAUGUGAUAAUAAGUCUCCUAAAUACGCUGGUUCCGCAGACGAUUCCUAAAAUCAUUGUUGUACAAGUAGUGGAGAGAAUUAUUUCCUAUUUGCAUGACCACUAUCAAUUGCUGUUGAAAAACGAAUUCGUUCAGAAAAACCAAAACUCCGCCUUGCAAUAUUAUUUCGAUCUAAAGUUCGUCCAGCUGCUAUUUACCGGACGUGACCGAAAGCAAGUAGCCGAACCAUACAAUCAUCUGAUCAAUGGCUUCAAAUCCUACAUCGAUCCAUUUGAUUUCGACGUGUUUUACCCGCAUGUCAACGCUAAUGUGAAACGCGCUGUCCAGCGAAUGCAACAUUUCUUCGGCAUUCUGGUGACGAACGGUGACCAGCUGAGUUCGAUUCUGGGCGCUAACUCGGGCGGUGCAGCCGUGCCUCCCAUCAAGGAUAAGAACCCCAACAUUCUGGCGUUGAGCUCGAACAGUGCGAGUGAGACAUGGUUCCCACUGUUGCCCAUCGUCACAAAAGAAGCCGUCGUUGGAGCGAGUGGUGCCAACUUGACGGAAUCGGGGAAAUCGAGUGCUAAAGCGGCUGAGUUACCAAAACCAUCUACGAAAGAGGCUCCUGUUAACAAACCUUGGGAGUCAGUUUCCUCGUCAACGGUAACAGCCCAAAAUUACGCAAAGGGUGCAGCUGCAUUCUUUGGACUUGAUAAAGACUGGUUCCGAUAAGUAAUAAGGCACAUGGUAGAUGCUUUCAGUGAAUAAUACUUUUGCGUCUUUAAUUUCAUUUGUUGCUUCUAAUUAUAAAGUGACUUAUAAAUUAUACACAUGCAUAAUAUUUUACCACAGUUAAAUACAUUAAAAAAAAAACAAACUAUACUUAUAAAGUAA